UCACCACGACCCGGAAGCUGUAGUCGGCAGGUUAUGCGCAUGCGUAGGGGUCCAAAGAACAGGGUGCCGUGGAAUGAAUGAAGCUUAGUACUACUACGGCUACUAAUACGACGACGAAUACCGCUGCUGCCGUAACUACUUCCACAUAAUACUCGGCAAGGGGGCUUCAAAGAGAUGGCAGAUGAAGGCUACGUGGUCCGGAUCCGAGGUCUUCCCUGGUCCUGCUCCGUUGAGGAGGUGUCCCGCUUCUUCUCAGACUGUAAGGUAGCCAACGAUGGCAACAGCGUCCACUUCACCUUCACGAGGGAGGGCCGGCCGAGCGGAGAGGCCUUCGUGGAGCUGGAGAGCGACGAGGACCUGAAGAUCGCCGUCAAGAAAGACCGAGAGACCCUGGGCCACAGAUACGUAGAAGUGUUCAAGUCCAACAGCGUGGAGAUGGAGUGGGUCCUGAAGCACACGGGGCCGGGCUGCACCCAGCCGGAGGAGGAGGCAGGGGACGGAGAGGGCCUGGUCCGUCUCAGAGGCCUGCCCUUCGGCUGCAGCAAGGAGGAGAUCCUGCAGUUCUUCUCUGGCAUGGAGAUCGUUCCCAACGGCAUCACGUUGCCCAUGGACUACCAGGGAAGAGGGACUGGAGAGGCCUUCGUUCAGUUUGCCUCCCAAGACAUCGCAGAGCGGGCCUUGAAGAAACACAAGGAGCGCAUCGGACACCGCUACAUCGAGAUCUUCAAGUCCAGCCGGGCGGAGGUGCGGACCCACUACGAGCCGCAGCGUAAGGUGGGCGGCGGCGGAGGGGGGCGGCCCGGGCCCUACGACCGGCCCAGCGGCGGCGGCGGCGGCGGCGGCGGGCGCGGCAGCUACAACGGCAUGAACCGCGGCGGCGGGGCGGUGGACCGCCGCCGGGGGGGAUACGGAGGAGGGUCUGAGCGCUACGGCGACAGCGGCUCCAACUUCCAGAGCACCACGGGCCACUGCGUCCACAUGAGGGGCCUGCCCUACCGCGCCAGCGAGACGGACAUCUACAACUUCUUCUCCCCCCUGAACCCGGUGCGCGUGCACGUGGAGGUGGGGCACGACGGACGCGUGACCGGAGAGGCCGACGUGGAGUUUGCCACACACGAAGACGCAGUGGCGGCAAUGUCUAAAGACAAGGCCAACAUGCAGCAUCGCUACGUGGAGCUGUUCCUCAACUCCACCUCCGGGGGAAGCAACGGGGGAUACGGAGGCCAGAUGAUGGGCAACCAGUCUUCGUAUGGUAACCAGGGGAUGGGGGGCUACAGCAGUGGUGGUGGUGGUGGUGGCAUGGGUGGGGGCUACAGUGACUACAGUAACCAGAGCGGCGUGGGCAACAGUUACUAUGGCAACGGCCGAGGCUCCAUGGGAGGGGGGUGGGGCAUGUGAUGGGCGGGGGCUAAUUGACCAGAGAAACAAACUCUUGCGCUUUUUGGUAUGAAGUUUGAUAUUCAAUAAACGUUGGUCUUUUAUUUUACACUGGGGGGGGGGGGGGGGGGGGGGGUGUACUUUAGUUUGGCUGAACAUCAGUGAAAAGUUUCCAGUGUAAACUUCACUGGAAACUUUCCUUCUGAAGCCUUCCAAGAUGGCGGCGGAAGAAACAAGAUUAUUUUCCUCAUUUUCCACUGUUGGACAGCUUCAAAUGGUUCAGUCUGUUGUUGGUUUCUCUGGACUCUGCGGAAGCAGGGAUUUCUUCUGAUUGGACCUCCAUCGUUAUUGGUCCCGCCCACAUCCUUCCAACACAGCAUUUGAUUGGCUUGUUUUGGUUCCGCUGUCCACUUGUUUAUUACAUGUGUUAAUAAUUCAUGUGUUUUGCUAUUUUCUUUGUUUUUUUUCUAACAUUCUCUUGUAUCCAUGGGAACCAGAGCCACAGCCUUUCUGUUAUGUAGAAGAAUGUUUUAUGUUUCGUGUCAAUAAACUCCAAGACCGUG